ACCAUGUCUCUUGUAGCCACAAUGACCAUGGCUCUCUUUAUUCAACUCAUUACAUCUCUUCUCUUAAUCACCACCACUGCCACAUCAUCACCUCGUGGCUUCACCAUCGACUUGAUCCAACGUCGCUCUAAGUCCUUUUCUUCUCGACACUCUAACACUAACGAGCUCGAUGGAGGAUCUCCUUACGCUGAUACAGUCUUUGACACCAACGCGUAUCUUAUCAAACUACAAAUGGGAACUCCUCCUGUGGAGAUCGAAGCUGUCUUAGAAACGGGAAGUGAACUCAUAUGGACACAAUGUAUGCCUUGUCUUAACUGCUACAACCAACAAGGUCCCAUAUUUGACCCUUCCAAAUCCUCAACAUACAAAGAGAAAAGAUGCGGGAAACACGGACACGCUUGUCCUUACGAGAUGAACUAUGGAGGCGGAGGCUAUUCCCAAGGAAACUACGCGAAAGAGACGGUCACGUUGCUUUCCACUUCAGGCCAACCCUUUGUGAUGAAUGAAACCACCAUUGGAUGUGCUCAUAACAGCUCAGGGUUUCACACAACCGCUUCGGGGAUUGUUGGUCUAGACUGGGGACCUUCAUCGCUCAUCUCUCAGAUGGGUGAAAACUUUCUAGGUCUUUUCUCUUAUUGCUUUUCCGGUAAAGGAACUAGCAAGAUCAACUUUGGAGGUAAUGCUAUUGUGGCAGGAGAUGGAACUGUAGCAACCAAUAUGUUUAGUAACAAGGAGCAACCUCAAUACUAUUACCUAAACCUAGACGCAAUCAGCGUUGGAGAGAACAGAGUUGAGACGUUGGGGACAAGUUUUCACUCCUUGGAAGGGAACAUAGUCAUUGACUCUGGAACCACGUACACGUACUUGCCAAAUACCUACUGCAACCUAGUGAAGGAUUCUGUUGAUAAAGCCCUCUUGAACGUGGAACGAGCACCUUUCUCGGGUGGGAUGCUUUGCUACAAGACCGACGACAUUGAAGUUUUUCCGGUGAUGACGAUGCAUUUCUCCGGAGGUGCUGAUCUUAAGAUGGAUAAGUACAACAUGUUUAUGGGUAAUGGAGGUGUUUAUUGUCUGGCGAUUGUGUGUAAUGAUCCGACACAACAAGCAAUAUUUGGGAACAGAGCACAGAACAAUUGGUUGGUUGGUUAUGAUACUUCUUCACAGCUUGUUUCUUUCAAGUCCACCGAUUGUUCUGCUUUGUGGAGCUAA